UUAGGUCACGUACCUGGGUCUGUGCUCUAAAAAAUCCGCGCACAGGCCAGCGAGAUCUUUGUCUUCUCGCCUUCGAGGUAUACAUCUCCCAUUCACGAGCCUUGGUAACCCCCAACAUUCAAUGACACGGUUUACGAUUCUCACGCAUUCUUCAAUUGGUAAGUGGAGGGAGCAAUAUUGAAUUCGGGAAAUCAACCGGGUGCAAUCUCCCAAUAUUCCCGCCGGGCCGAGCCGUAACUCCAUCGUGGUCCCCGCAGCCAUGGGUCCUUUGCUCCCGGAUGGCAAAACUCGCGUCUGCGACCGAACACGGCCAUGCGUGGUCUGAUGCCAUCAGCUACUAGUGCAAACGCUCGAUACGCUAAACAUUUCCAGUGCACAAUUUACAACCGCAAAUCCGUCGUAUUUGCGCCUCGUAGCCCAUGGCGCUGCAACACUGGUGUAUUUCCUCCCGUCUUCAUGGCACUUCUCCAUCCACUAUCUUCUUGUCCAGUCUACAUCAAGUCGAUGUGACGUGGAUAUCGCCACAUAAUCGUUGCGGUUUUGUAUUCUGCCAUCGACUGCCUUCUCCCAUCGACUCGACACUAAGUCCCUGCCACCGAUACGUAUUCGUGUUCAACUUAACGAGGCUGCUCCGCGAGUUUCAUCCCGUGGUCUUUACCCGAUACUGCCGAAAUUCUAACCGGUUCAAUACAUACCCACAUAACAUGCGUGCUUUUUUACUGGGUUCUACGCUAUGGAACAUCCACGCAACGUCCAAUGGCAAGAAUGCAUUCUCACCUUCGAAGGUGCAUAGGAGGCGGUAUAUGUGCGUAAUGCGGGAAUUCCCACUUCAUCUCCCAUCGCUUAUAACGGGUAUGGAUGCUCAAGUCUGGUCACCCGGCACCUGUAAUUGCCGCCACGACGAAAUGAUUCGGGGUUAUUUCCUUGUCUCUUCUCGCCACAUACGCGCCUUAUACUAUAUGGUAUUAAUGUUCGGUACGCUAAACACACCUACAGGAACACUAAUUGUACUCUGGGCACAACCCGUAAAGUUUAAACCAUCGAAGAAGAUUUAUGUCUACGUAGGGCACUAGCGACGAACAUCUCCGAUCUCUGUCGGCCGAAAAU